AUGAAGAGAAGGUGUGGAGGACUUUGCCAGAGGCAAGCUUUCCUGCUUCUGACUCUGUUGGCAUUGCUUUUCAUUCUGCCCUCCUUUAUUAAGAAGUCAAGCACAAAGGAUUCCAGGUACCAGUUUAUAGAGAACAAUGAAUCAAGUCUGCAGGAGGUUCGACAAAAGGCCAAACACCAAGGACCCAUAAUGUCACUUCAGGGGGAGACAACUUCCCUCAGGACAAAGGAGGUGGACCUGAAGAAACAGGAGAGAGAGGCAGCCAGAGGAGAGCGAGGAGAGGGGGAGAAGAGGCAGUUGCAGCCUGUAAAUCCAGCACCAGAGAAUCCUCAGAGCAAGGCGGAGCCAGCUGCAAAGAUGCCCAUUCCAGAACGUGUGGACAAAGUAUCGAGAGCUACAGGAGCACCGUCAACAAGGCAGAGACCAUUGGCCACAAGAGCUGUCCUACCCGAGGAGAAGGUGGUCCAGGCCACCCCCUCCCCUGCCUCUUUCCCACACCCCACCACACAAAGAAGACAAAUGCUGAAGGCCUCGGACUUCAAGUCUGAGCCUCGGUGGGAUUUUGAGGAGGAAUAUAGCUUGGAUGCGGGCAGCCUGCAGACGACCUGCCCUGACUCUGUGAAGAUCAAGGCUUCCAAGUCACCAUGGCUAAAGAAUAUCUUUCUGCCCAAUCUCACGCUGUUCCUGGACUCUGGACGCUUCAGCCAGAGCGAGUGGAGCCGUCUGGAGCACUUCGCACCUCCCUUUGGCUUCAUGGAACUCAAUCAGUCCUUGGUACAGAAGGUGGUGACCCGCUUCCCGCCGGUACCGCAGCAGCAGCUCCUCCUGGCCAGCCUCCCCUCUGGGUUCUCCAAGUGUAUCACCUGUGCUGUAGUGGGCAACGGGGGCAUCCUGAAUGAUUCACGGAUGGGCCAAGAGAUAGACAGCCAUGACUAUGUUUUCCGACUGAGUGGUGCCGUUAUUAAAGGCUAUGAACAGGAUGUGGGGACCCGGACAUCCUUCUAUGGCUUCACUGCCUUCUCUCUGGUCCAGUCUAUCCUCAUUUUGGGUAGUCGAGGUUUCCAGCAUGUGCCUCUGGGGAAGGAUGUCCGAUAUCUACACUUCCUGGAAGGCACCCGCGACUAUGAGUGGCUGGAAGCCAUGUUUUUGAAUCAGACCAUGGCAAAAACCAAACUUUCCUGGUUCAGACACAGGCCCCAGGAAGCGUUCCGGGACACCCUGGACUUGGAUCGCUACUUGCUCCUGCACCCAGACUUUCUCCGUUACAUGAAGAACAGGUUUCUGAGGUCAAAGACCCUGGACACUGCCCACUGGAGAAUAUACCGCCCCACCACUGGCGCCCUCCUGCUGCUUACGGCCCUUCAUCUCUGUGACAAGGUGAGCGCAUAUGGCUUCAUCACAGAGGGCCAUGAGCGCUUCUCUGACCACUACUAUGAUACAUCGAAGAAACGGCUCAUCUUUUACAUAAACCAUGACUUUACCUUAGAGAAAAAGGUCUGGAAGCGACUGCAUGAUGAGGGCAUCAUCUGGCUGUACCAGCGCCCACAGAGUGACAAAGCAAAGAACUGA